CAGACUUGAUAGAUAAAAUGAUAUGUUGUUUUCCAGGGGACUGGCCAGCAGUAUGUCUGAGAACCGGCACACAGCUGUGGUGACAGUAGGCUUCGGCCAGGGUAGUAAGGUGGAUAGUGUGCCCAUGGGAAGCCGGAUGACGCACAUCCCAGAGGCCCCGGCUGGGCAGCGGGGUCCAGGCAAGCCCCAGUCUUCAGGCCCGAGGCGUGGGCGUCUGAUGCACCAGAGCACCCUGUCACUAGGGGACCCACAGGGAUCUGGGACCAGCUACACGACCACCCACACUCAGAGUUACUGUGGGCGGGAGGCCGACGGCCAACCGCUGGUCUUCUUUCCCCGAGAUCCCGCCUACCCCUCCCAGCACACCAGUCAGCUGGACCUGAGUCACACAUCCACCAGCCAAUCACAGACACACAGCAGAGACAUCCAUAACCACAAAGACAUCAUCCCGUUCAAUGUUCUUCAUAGGCUGGGUCAGAGUAAUUGGUCUCGUAAUCGCGAUGGCGUGGCCAUGAGAGAGGUGACCAUACGAAGGAGCCCACCCCCUACUGGACGACCUAUCGCAGUGAGCACAGGAGUCCUAGCCCCUCUCCCUCACCACACGCCACUGGUAGACCCACACUGUGGCAUCAACAUGAUAUACUGACAGGUGAGGCCAGGAGUCCAGCAGGCCCAGGUAACGCCAGGAGACAGUCUGGAGAGAGAGUUCUGUGGGCAACGCGACGCUGGGAGACGGACUGCUGUUCCCUCCGACUCUACUAAACACACACAAUUCAACUGUUAUUGUCCUGCUGAAAGGUGAAUUCAUCUCAGU